CCCUCCCCCAACCCCUUCUCCACUGACUCCUCUCCUCUCAGCCUAUGGUUCGGCUGGGAUCAACCUGCUUCCGCCAUCACCUGGGGCUCCAAGCGCGCUGGAUCCAGCUCACCUUCCCCUGCCGCUGACUCCUCACAAGCUGCUGCUGACUCAUCACGAGCUGCUGCUGACUCAUCGCAAGCUGGCGCCAGCACGGGCACAAGCAUACACACAGAAGUGGGAGGCGGAGCAAUGGAUGAGGCAGACACAGCAGGUGAAGACACCAAGCCAUUCCUGCAUGGAGUAG